GCUUCAACUUCCCAAGAGUCACAUUCCACUGUGGGAAGACCAUAGGAACGAGGCUGGUGAAGAGAAAGGUAUGGGAUGAAUAAGAGAUACGGGUGUGAGCGCAGGAGGAGAAGGAAAACACAGUGAAAGUAAACAAAAACAAACCGAUGUGGAGAUCAUGGGAUUUCAACACUACUGGCUGCUGCUGCUGCUGCUGGUCAACUGCCACCCACGGAUUACAGGUGCCAUGAGUAGCAUCAGUCCGUAUAUAAAGCAUUACGAGGGCUUGUCAUACGACAGGGAGGAUCUUCACAGGAAGCACCUGAGAGCCAAGAGAGCCUCACAUCCUGAGGAACACGCAUUACAGCUGGAUAUUACCGCUUUCAACAGAACUUUCCGUCUGCUUUUGAAACACAAUGCAGAAGCUUUUACCGAAAAUGUCAUGGUGAUCAGGAAAAAUGGUUCCACGCCGGCUGACCUCUCCCACUUAUACUCAGGAAAGCUUGAGGGAGAACAAUGGUUCAGGCCUGCAUGGCUCGGUGUUACAGGAGUCAGUUUGAGGGAACCAUCCAAGCACACAGAGAACGGCACCUAUCAUAUAGAGCCAUAUGGAAAGAUACACCAGCACCCCACACAGACCACACUCUAUCAUCUACCAGAGGACGACAGGUUUAGCGACUAG